CGCACCUGCGCUGCGCCCUCGGCCCCGCGCGCCGCGCCGUGAGGGCGGCCGAGUCCCGUCCUGCCGCCUUCGGAAGGGACCACAACGGCGACCUUCUGUUUCCUUCUCCUCCUCCUUUUUUACCUUCCUCUCAACCCGCCGGGGGAAAAGCUCAGAAGACAGGGGUUAAAAUGAAUGAAGAUCUGAAGGUUAAUCUGAGCUGGCUGCCUCAGGAUCAUGUAGAAGCCAGCUCUACAGAGAAUGCCUCAGCUGCAGGCUCCUCCCUGGUUCCUGUCAUAGACCCAGAGCCAGAGCUUUUGGUAAACCCCUGGGACAUUGUCUUGUGCACUUCAGGGACCCUUAUCUCCUGCGAAAAUGCCAUUGUGGUUCUUAUAAUUUUCCAUAAUCCCAGUCUUCGUGCCCCCAUGUUCCUCCUGAUAGGCAGCCUGGCGCUGGCAGAUCUCUUAGCGGGCAUUGGAUUGAUCAUCAAUUUUGUUUUUGCAUACCUUCUGCAAUCAGAAGCUACGAAACUGGUUACGAUUGGACUGAUUGUUGCCUCUUUCUCAGCAUCUGUCGGCAGCUUGCUGGCUAUUACUGUUGAUCGUUACCUCUCCCUGUAUUACGCUUUGACUUACAAUUCAGAGAGGACUGUCACAUUUACCUAUGUCAUGCUUGUGUUGCUCUGGGGAGCAUCUAUCUGUAUUGGACUGCUGCCUGUAAUGGGCUGGAACUGCCUCAGAGAUGAAUCCACCUGCAGUGUUAUCAGACCACUCACUAAAAAUAAUGCAGCUGUCCUUUCGGUCUCUUUCUUGCUUAUGUUUGCCCUCAUGCUGCAGCUCUACAUUCAAAUCUGUAAAAUCGUGAUGCGCCAUGCCCAUCAGAUUGCCUUGCAGCACCAUUUCCUGGCCACUUCCCACUAUGUGACCACCCGAAAAGGAGUGUCUACUUUGGCCAUUAUUUUGGGGACUUUUGCUGCUUGCUGGAUGCCUUUUACGCUCUAUUCUUUAAUAGCAGAUUACACCUAUCCUUCUAUAUACACCUAUGCCACCCUCCUGCCAGCUACCUACAAUUCCAUCAUCAAUCCUGUAAUAUAUGCUUUUAGAAACCAGGAGAUACAGAAAGCACUUUGGCUCAUCUGUUGUGGCUGUAUUCCUUCUAACCUGUCUCAGAGAGCAAGAUCACCCAGUGAUGUCUGAUUGGCAGCUAGGAGGACGCUCCUUAACAUGUUACUUUCCAGACAUUCUUGCAAUGCUGUCUUUGGUUUAGAUACAUUAAUUAAAUGAUGUGUGAUGGGUUCCUAUAAAAAACACAGGAUGCACUGACCUUCUUGUAAACAGAAAACCCCAGUGACCAAAAUGAAUCAGGUGGUUUAAGGGAGAUUUCCAAAAUUAAAAUAAUCAGUGUUCUUACAGAUUUAUAAUGUUGCUCAGGGUCUUUUUGUUAUAUUACCUAGGCUUUGCCAUGUUUGCCAUGAUUUUACAUUAAGUUUGCUAAUUAAAAUUAGAUUGAAACAGCAUACCUCCUUUGAAAUUGUUUAUGUGAUUGAGUUUAGACAUACUGCAUGUUGCAGUCUGUUGUCAGGGUAUUUUUUUUCCCCUCUGAUUCUUUUUAGAACAGAAGAAAAUGAAAACCCAAGUCCUGUUAUCCCAUUUGUAUGUCAUUAGAAUACUCUUCAAAAUAAUGGCCAAUUGCACUGACUUAUGUGGUAUUUAUUGUAAUAAUCUCAGUGCAACAAAUUUGCUCUUAGUAGGGAAGUGCUUGCAUAGCUUUUUAUUUUACAUCUCAGCAUGAGUUAGCUUGAUAAUUGUUUUAAAGGGUUACCUGUUUUCUCCUGAGUUCUGACCAGACGUUAAAACAGAUGAUAUGCUUUGCCUUCCUCUUCAAAAUCCAUCCAUAUGUUUUCACUUAGAUAUGGGACACCAGAGCUCAUUAUACUAUUUUAAAAGGAAUUCAGGGGGGAUUUUUGAAAUUGAUGAAAUGGUAUGGCCUCUUUUGGCUAUGCAUUUAUAAUAGAUACAACACUAGGUUUCUCAGAAAAGUUUAUCUUUUCAGAAGUGUAUAAGAAAAUAUCAAAUAACCUACAAAUUGCUUGCAAGGUGCGUUUAGCAUCUUCAUGAAAUGGUUCCCCUUAAGUUUUUUAUCGAGCAAAAACUAUUACCACUUGUUUUCAUUGUUCUGCUGUAUCAUUUAAAAUACCGAAGUUUAUAAAUUCUUAGAGCAUACCAGUAUUUUCUCCUUUUUUGGCAGUUUUCAUCCAUUAUGGGUUGUAAUUCUUCAACUGCACACAUCAGUUCUCUUCUAAAAAGCAAAGCUUCCUCCCAUGAAUGGUUAUGUUUCAGACUGCUUCUAACCUUUUACUGAAGCCACAUUAGAAUGCACUAGAAAUAAAACAUUGUUUUCUAAUUUGAAGACUUGAGUGUCAGAGAGAAAACUUGCUGACAGAUGUCUUUUUGAAACUUAAGGUGUACCCUAAGGUCAGUGCAUGGCAGUUUAUAGUGACACUUCCAUUAGUGUUGAUGGUAGCUCAAUGUGUUAACGCCCUGGCAUCAGUAGGAGGUUAUAUUCCCUUGAAUGUCAGUCAGCAUACUGUAUUGUUGCUUCAGUAUCUUCCAUUACAGUUUAAAAAAACCCAACAAACUCAAGUGUAAAAAUAGCAAUAUUUACAGUUCAAUUAAAAUAUACCUGUAUAGUAUAGAUAGUAGAGACAACUGUGUUGCUGGUCUGGAUUUUUCCAAAUGGAAUCUGUCCUUUUCACACGGACGUUUGGAUGACUGUAGCUUUUUGUGGCAAAGUUUCUGUGACAUUAAGAAUCGUACUCUGUACACAAAGCUGAAUCUCAAAUGUGAAUGAGUUGUCUGUAAACAAGGCUCUGUAGAGAUUUUUAUGAGCAAUAAUUAAUUUUAGUUGCAGUGCUGGGUUCAAAUUCCAUUAUUUACUUGGUUCAACCUUCAUGAUAUUUAGCUCUUACUUUGUAAUGUGAUUAGUUUAAUAAUUGCAUGACAUGGUCCAGAAGAGCUGUGAACUUGCAGCUCCCUUGGCUUCACUGCAAUUUACAGAUGCUCAGCACAGUUAGACUGUGGCCCCUGCUCAGUGUAGGAUAUUGGUGUUCUUUAUCUACUUCUGAAUGCUAACGAAACUCUAGUCAUUGCAUUUUGUUAUGAAUUUUUGUAUAAGAAAUAAUCACUUUGUAAAUAUCCAUGUUAUAUAUGCCUGCAGUUUUGCAAGUAUGCAAAGUAUUGGGCAUAAAUGGCAGUAAAAGUCAUGAGCUGAAUAAUGUAGAGAGGCUGAAUAAUGUAGAACAGCACUUUUAAAGCAAAAAAUAAGUUACUCAUGCAAAGUUUACCCCCCCCUCUUUUUUUUUCUCCAUUUGUUCUUCCAUAUCAAAUUGUUAAAAAGUACAAUGAAGAUGAGCAGCUACAACUAUGACCAAAACUCAGUCAUGAGGACAACUGUUGUUUUGCUUAUGCAGACCUGUUCUUGUCCUCUUGGAUAACCUCACAGGGACUAGUGUUUUUCUCUCCACAACACCUGGGUGGUAGGGAAGCCCGAAGAAAACAGCAUAGAGGGAGAUAAUGUUGUCCCCUCUUCUCAUGCAGGUUCACCUAGCAUCCUUGUCAUCUUCCUCGCUCCACACGCUGCUGAAAUCUGCAGAGACUCUCCAGAGUGCCGGGGGAGCCGACCUUUUCCUUGUGGCAGAGCAGAGAGAUUUGUAAUUGGAAGCUCCUCUCCUGAGGAGCAGUGUGAGUCAAAUGGAGGAAAGGAGGAUUAAUUAUAGAAGUCCCACAAAGCUAGCUCAUAGGGAUGUGAUUGCCCUUGUUUGAGGAGUAGUGCCUGGUUACCUUUUACCACACACAGACCGGAAACAUCAUUAUGCCUUCUGAGCUACUUCUGUGACCUCCGGUGAGGACGCUGUCUCUUCCAGAAAUAUGUUCUUAAAUUGAGACUGUGCAGCAUAGGCCAGAAAAUCCUUCUGGAGGUCAGUGACGUAGGUUUGCCCACAGCUGUCAGACCGAACUCGAACAUGGUUUGCAGUACUGCAAUAAUGCUAUAUAACACACCUGUGAAUGAACUCUUAGGAGUAGAGGCAGAGCUGUGGGUACAAAGCUGCCUACCUCACUUGCACAAAAGAAAUGCUUGACAGACAGCCACUUUUCAGGCCCUGCAGAAUUAAGCAAUUCUCUGCUGUCACCUCAGAGUUACAGUAUAGACACUGGCUCUGUAUGUUGAGGUGCCAGUAUCCAUCCAAGAUCCCUCUGAAACUGGCAGAAAUCCCAGCCGCUUGCAGAAUUCUGUCAUUUUGUUGUCCCAUCAAACAACACCUAUGUGUAAGAUCAGGGUAUUGGAUUCACUAUUCUAGGUACAGUAAAAUAGCUUUCAUAUCUUCAUUGUAAUGACAAAAGACUUUUUUCUUAAUGCAUAUUUUAGUUUAAAGAAUUGAAGUUCAUUUUUACUUAUUAAUACACUUGACCCAAAGUUAGUAAUAGGUUGUAUCUUGAUGGGCAAAAUUUACUGUAGUUAAUUUUUUCAUAUAUUCAUCCUCAAAGCUUGGGAGAGGAUUUUUUUUUUAAUAGUCUUAUAUUUUUUAAACCAUUUCUCCUAACAGUAACAUUUCAGCAAUAAGGGGAAAUAUGUUUUUAGCACAAGAGCAAUAAAAUCUUCCAUGUUGUGGUUACUGUAAACUGCUGAGUAAACUCAAAGCAAUAGAAAGGAAGCAAUAUAUUCUUUAGACAAAAAAUAAUAACUUGCAUAAGGACUUUAAGUAAGCAGAAGUCUUCCUUUGUUAAGCAGUUGCUAUCAGACCGAUGUAACACAAACCAACCAGAAAUAGUGUCCCUCAGUUAUUGAGUUCCUGGAUAGAAUUACUCAGCAAUAACCUUUUACCUUAGUUUUUUGGAUCCUGAGUUCAUGCUGUUUGCAAGGGAGAAUUAUGUACUGCAGUGGGGAUUUUUAUUCUUUUCAUUGUUUGGCAUUUAGUUAUACAACGUUCUAUGGAUAAAUUCGCUGUGUUCAGGAUUUCCAAUUGUACCUUAGUACCCUUCACCAAACAAAAACUGAUACUACCUGAAUUUGUCAUGCCCAUCAAGAUGGGUAUGAUAAAUGGUGCUAGCCCAUCCUGGAGACAGCUUGGCUUUUAAAAGAACAAGGUUAUGGUAUCAUUGAAGAAAACCCCUGCCAAUCCCUAGGGUAUUUGGAGGCAAGCUGAAAGGCCUGCUAUCGCUGCUGUAUCUUCCUACCAUGGACACUCAGUGAUACAAGAAGCUGCAUCCAUCCUUUGUGUUCAGGGGCCAGCAUUGAGGCAUCUUUGUGUCACUAAAACCCCUCUGUGGACAGCAGUGAACUUUGGCUUAGACCAGCAGCUGCUCUGUCCCCAGAGGUUUAUUUUUCUGUUACCUCAUUUUCUUAGGGAUUGUUCAGCUUUUUAAAAAUAAGAUACUUGUGGAUUCAUUUCUCAAAAGCAAUGAGCAACCUGAAGCGUGACUAGAAGUUGAGAUAAAACAGCAUUGCUACAAAUCAAGCCCCUGAAACAUAACUACACACUCAUUACUUUUUAAAAAAAUGUGGUUCUCCAGCAUUCAGAACCAUAUUUUCAAAAUGUUGGCCCUGACUUUUAUGGAGAGAUAGUAUGUAUGGUCUGGUUUUUGUAUGUACAGUAAAGAAAGAAAAAUAAUCAGACAGACUAGUCACUAUUUAAAAAAAAAUCAGCUAUUCUGUCACUUAGUCAGAAAUACUGAAUGGUUCUUUGUCCUUGAUACAGAAACCAACUCUGGAAGCUUUCUAGAAGAUCCUGAAUACCCCCAAGUUGGUGUAAAAUCUUUGUAGCAAAAGUCAGAGGACUAGCAUGGUUGCCAGUGCAAAACAAUUUGAUGUAACAGCUCUGUUGUGAGUGGGAAUAAGAACAGUAUACGUGUACACCAGCUGUAGACAGAUCAAGUCCUAGAUAUGCAGGAAUAGCACCAGAAAAGGUGAACAGCUUUUCUUUAAAUUAUACUGCUGCAAGAAGACAAUAUCAGGUAGACUCUCACUGAGUAUGGAACAUAUGUUGUAAGAAUUCAAGAGUAUUUUGAAGUGCCAGCUAUUCAGGAAAAGAUACCGUGGUGGUGUACUUUUUGAGGAGGAUCAAGAAUGCAGCUAGAUCUCUGAAAGAAAUGAUGAAGGAUCAUGUUAAAUGCCUACACAUAGACUCACCACAUCUCUUUGGGAGGUCUGAGAAUCAUUUUAAGGUUUUGCUUGGCUGCCUUUUGGAGCAGCUGAUUCUACAACAAGAGGUUGCUCCAGUACAUACAUUAAAUGCAGUAAAUAAUCUGUCCUUUACAUAUUUAUCAAAAGGAACAAAUAGCUAUUUGCAAUCAGAAUUUUUAUUUGCAACUGGACAACAUCUUUUUAAUAAUACCCCAGGAAUCCAAUUAACAAAAUGUUUCAUAACUUCAGUGGUAAACUUAGAAAAACAAUAUUUUCCCAUUCUUAGCAUAUUGCACGCUUAGCGUACUGCAUGUUAGCAAGAAGCCCUGUUACUUGAUUCGUAUUAGGCAGCAGGGCUACUCAAAAGCAUGUGAAAUUUGGUGCUUAACCAAAAAAAGAGGCCAGUGCAGAUAAUAGUGCAUUACUGUAACUGGGAAUCAUAAUUUUAAAUAAUAUUUCAAGGUACUGAUUCUUUUUUUCUGGUUUUUGAAUGCAGUCGUUUACCCUCUCUGUCAAUGUCACAUUUAGUUUGGCUUAGUGAUAGCCCAGAGAUGUGCAAUGGAGAAAAAAUAAAAUCUCUUGACUGUGCUUAUAGAGAGGGGACUAAAAGGAAGGGGCACGAUUUAUGUGUAAUGAAUAAGGAAUAGUACAGGAAGGAUAAAUUAAGCAUGUAUAUCUCUCCCAUCUGUCAGUAAAAGAAUGAUGGGAAUCCCAGUAAACUUGAAAGGUGUCAUAUCUGGAAAUACUUUUUUGGUACAAAAGGAAAUUACCCCAUAAAACUGUGCUCUACUGGCUUCUUCAGAUCAAGAACUUGCAAUUUCUUUUAAUGGAUCAGAAAUCUGGAUGAAUUGCAAAGAUACCUGCUUUCAUAUUAGGUGGCUGAUGAAAGAUGAGAGGAUGAAAGUCUUUACGUCUUGGCGAAUCAGCCAGGUACUCAGUGCUUGAGCUUGGAUAGGAAGAAUGCUUGAAUAAAUACAUCACCAAGGGGGGAAGGUUAUUUUGAACUGUCCAUUUUGAACCUUACCAGACAUACACAGAGCAUGUGAGAUGGGCCCUGGGGCUGCUCUUCAUGGGGUGGAGUGCAGCAGUCCCGUGUCCUUGAGACUGGCAGCAUUGCUGUUCCUGAUGAAUGGUGUCCAGAGAAUAGAGAGGAGGAGGAAAUAUGAUCAUAAGUGAGGUCCUCCUUCCUUGGAAACGUGACCUCAUAUGUUUUAUCCAGAUUAUUACUUGUCUUGUUAGCUCAGUCUUACAUGGUUCCACUUGAAAUCAGAAGAGGCUUUUCUGUGGAACAAUAUUAAAAAUAUGAAAGAACCAACAGCAGAUUAUUUUACAGUAAGUCAUUAUGUAUUUCUGUUUCUUCUGAGGAACAGCUGAGUCUGUAACUUUGCAGUAACUGUUUCUUUGAAAACAAUAUGCCUUUGCACUAAAAAAGUCCAUGCUGCAAAUUAUUCACAAAAUUAUUGUGAUCUUGUAAGCCAGACAAGAAGAAGAAACAGUCACAUAUUUCAGUUACACAAACUUCUUCUAGAAGAGAUGGAAAAAAUCCAAACCUGAAUGUAGGUUACAUGAAACCAUAUUGCAAUUAACUAGUGCAUCACUGCUGUGACGUAAACUAAUUCAGUGCCAUUGGAAGAAUAAGGGGAGAUUUUCCAGUGGAGGUUCUUUACUGAUGGGUUGAGAGAGUAAAACUAAUUUUAAAACAAAGGUCAGUUAAGGUUGCCAUCCCAAACUCCUUGAAUUGUCUUUUAAGGAAAUUGUCCUCACCUCCCCAGACCUUUUGUUUUGCACUCUACAUAUGCCAAGACAAUUUAUACAAAGUUGCUGAGGUGCUAGAUGUUUAACUGGACAAGAUAGUAUUAUGGGUUUCCCCCUUCCAAGUGGGAGGGAGACUUUUAUGACCCAGAACUAGAGAACUGAUUCAUUUAUCUGAUAUCUCUACAUAGAAAUGACCAUUCUAAAAAGUGUCAAGUACUUGCAGACAUGCACUACACAUGUAGGGCCUUCAUUAAAUUGCUAGUGUAGAGUAGUAAUUCAGCUGAUGGCCAUAGGAUUAUUGGGGGGGGAUGGUAAGGGAGGUGUGUUUUCCUGUGAUUCCAAGAACCCCCCUCUCGCAAGUACAGUGCUGCAUUCUUAGGUAAAAUCUCAUUUACAAAGGUUUAAAUAGUUUGUUAUAACCCUUUCAAAUAUAUCAGCAGCACUUUUUCGUUUAAUAACUUUGAUCAUUUGCCUUACACUGGAAAUUUAUCUGAUUAAUGUGCAGCAUGGGGAAGCAAGUGAACUGCUACUGUUUUCUUUACACUGGUGAUACUCUCUUUUCCUCAACCCAUUUGAUCCCAACCAUAUGAUCGAUAGAUAUCAUGAUGUCUGAGCACAGGUUUAGUCCCAGUUUCUCAAGGAAAAAGCAAGCCAACACUACCUGCACAUGCUGAAGACUGCAUCCUGCAAGGAUCUACCUUAGAAAAUGGAGGGGCCUUCUACUUUUAAGGAAUUGGUGCUAACAAAAUAGAGUUGAUUUUUAAAAAAAUAUAAACUGAUUUUUAAAAGGAAAUACAUAUGUCCAGGUUUAACUUAAAGAACUUAACUACUAGUUAUAUUACGUGCUGAGUGGAGAAACAGUUUCUUAGUGUAUUUUGGUAUAAUUAAGUAUUAGGAGCUAUCAUACUUAAAUACUUAAAUAGCAUAAUUAUCUACUUAAAUAUAAUAUAUACAUAAUUAUCAUGAUUAUUUAAUUUACUUUUUAUAGGCAUGAUAUGCUAGAUAUCACGCUCUAUUCCUUUGGUGUUGUAAUGGUCAAAGGGUAACCUCUUUGCUGAGAUAGUUUCAUGUGAUGAAAGAAAAACAUUGCCAAACUUGUAUGAAUGUUGCAAACACUGAAAGAAUCAGUGGUCAGUAAUCAAUAUUUCAGCAAAGACAGUCUAGAGGUUUUGGAAGGGAGGUGAAUUCUCCUGCCUUUAAUUUGGACAAAUCCCACUGCCAGCUUUGGGAUUAUGGGAAGGUGUUAUACAGCCACAGAUGGGACAGAAUAAAAAAAGGAUGUUGAUCACGGACAUGAGCCUAUACAGCAGUUGUAUGUUCCAGCGCACACUGCUCCCUCUUCUCCCCCUCUCUCGCUCUGUCUUUCAUGAGUGCUUUGGUAACAGGACUGCACAGAUCAUGAGUCAAAACAGCAAUCCGUGCAGUCAUAUAACACAGGUGCACGUUUUUCUUUGGCUGAUGCUAACCUGGGGAAUAUUGCAGUAUCUAAAAAAAAAUCUUAUACAUUUAUUUUUAAAGGAUGCAUGAAAUACACAUAUACUUGAAGUGCAUUCUAGGUGAAAGGGACUAGGACCUAUAGGAUUUAGGGCCUAGGUAUGGAGCUCUUAAUGUAUUGAUGGUUUAUGGUCCCCAUAGAAUUUUCCUCUUACUUCUGUGUUUGCUAACAUGAAAGCCAUCAAAAUAAUCAAGAAUUUAGCUUCCACUGCUUGCAGGGUAUGCGAAUGAAAGCAGCAUGACCUGAUCCUUCAAAAAUUGAGAUACCCACAUCCGGAAAGGGAUGUAAUGUUGUGUCCCCAUGGAGCCUGGGGAGUUGUGCCCCUUCCAUGGGUUUUUGUUUUUUCUGCUCUUUGGUUGCCCUCUGACAAUGUACUCCCUUUACAUAUGAGCAACACUCAGUCCACCUUGUGGUGCCUCUGCCCCAGGGGGCUCACAAGAAAAUAAAUAGUGUGGAGGUGAGGCUUUUCUACAGUGUUGAUUAUAGGGUCAGAGCAUGCUGGGUUUGGAAAGGAGCUUUCUGAAGACUUUAUAGAAAAUAGUGAGGCUUCUUCAGUCACAUUCCAACCAAAUUUCAGCUCCUUUCUUUUGAAUUUCCCUUUCAAUGUAAGCAGAGACUUCCCUUAGUCUGGGAGGAGGAGAGUAACUCAUUGCUGGGAGUUAGCAUGCUCCAGCAUGCGCCUUUUUACACGGCAGCUGUCCCAGAGCAGAGCGGCUGAAUGUACGGCAGACUGCUUCUGAACUCAGGCUGGUCCCACAGGUUAAAAUGUAUAGGAGGAGAAUGCAGUUUUCCAGAAUGUGGAAACAGUAUGUGUGAUUUAUGCCAAAAGCGUGGAAUGGGUAUUGCAGCUGAAGAGGCCGGUAAAUUGCCUAGAUUGCAUACACAGCAAAAUACUCAGUCAAUCUCUAGGGUUACUUGCACAUGCUCAAACAUAUUUUCCGCUGAAGUUGAUAGCAGUCCCAUGUAUGUAUGGAGAGAGAGAAGAAUAUGGACUUUUCUGUCGGGCCUCAGCCAGAGCCCACAAAGGAAAUGGGCAUUCUUAUAUUUGUCAUUAGUUCUAGAAAGAGCCACAUGAGACCUCUAUCCAUUUUCUAUGUCUACGUCUUUUUACUCUUUCGGGCUAAAAUCUACAGUCGUGUUGUUUGGUCUUAGCUUUACUGUCACAGCCAAAACCUACACAAGUUGAUUGUAACUGUGUUUACAAAUAAAAAGAAAUUUCACAGGAUAAAGUUUUAUAACUGUGCCUCUGAAAUAAAGCCCUAAAACUCUGUAUUUAUAUUCGGGCCAUGAAAUUUGGAAUAUUCUGGGCGAGUAGAACCACUUGUAAUUUUUGAGACUUACUAACUAAACCCCGGCUUUUUUUUUUUAUUGGCAAAUGCAAUUAAAAACAACCUGUGGUUUCCCAUGCUUAUCUCAUUAACUUCUAGAAGAGAAUUUUUCCUAGGAAACAUGGUACAAUUCAUGUGAACUCUUGAUACUACUGACUGCAGUGUGGCUUCAUGCUGAAUUCUGAAAGCUUGAGCAAAAGCAGUUGCAUGGGGGUAGUUCUCACGCUAUACAUCUCAUUAGGAGCCAAAUGGCUUUAAACCAGUAAUUUAAAUUCUGCAUGUUGUGCUUUCAUAUGAGAACCAAUUACUGUUGUUGUACAUAAAGGCCUGUGGUUAUUUCUUAUACUAAUUUAGGGAUUUUUUUUUUCAUUUAACUGUGGCUGAAGUUUGAACCAUAGCUUGCCAGUAUAUGAAGUAAUUUUAAAAGGAAGUGAAACAUCUUUGCCUCAGUUCCCCUUAAGAUUAAAGCUUUGGAUUGCAACUACAGAGCUUCUUGUUGUAUACAAGAUAGUAAUUUAAUGCACUUUAUUUAAAAAAAGGCACAAAUUAUUUUGUUUAUAAAAUGUUACAAUUGCACUAUGCUGUAAGAAUUGGUUACUAAAUAUAAACUGUACAGUUUUGUAGUCAACAUUGUGUUUAGUCAUAAAUGAUUGAAACAAUUACAUGUUU